CCUUCCUCGCUUCCUCUCACACUCUCACCUUUACAUAUCAUAUUCGGAGCAGAGAAAAACGUAAUGUGAAGUUGAGUAACAGAAGCGUAAUAAAGAGGAGGAGAUCGAGUAAAGAAGGAGAGGGGAAAGGGUACCGAGUAUUACCCUAAUUUGGCACUGCUCCUCAUGGCCAGAUCGCCCGACUUCCACCACCGCGGCAGCGGCGGCGGCGGCGGCGGACGGACGAACCUGGCCUCUUGCCUCCUGGCGACGGCCUUCCUUCUCCUCCUCCUCGUCGCCGCUACCGUCGCCCUCUUCAUCCUGUUCCGCCCCCGCGACCCCGAGAUUCGGGUGUCGGCCUUCCAGCUCCCCGGCUUCGCCGCCGCCAACGGCACCCUCCGCUUCACCUUCAACCAGUACGCCGCCGUCCGCAACCCCAACCGCGCCGCCUUCUCCCACUACGACAGCACCCUCCAGCUCGUAUACGCCGGAAACCAGGUGGGGUUCAUGUUCAUUCCGGCGGGGCAGAUCGCCGGCGGCCGCACCCAGCACAUGGCCGCCUCCUUCCCCGUCGACGCGCUCCCACUGGCCGCUGCCGCCGCGCUUCCCCCCGGUGCCGCGGGCGCCGUCGAGGUCGACUCGAGGAUGAGCGUCAAGGGCCGGGUCCGAGUGCUGCGUUUCUUCACGCACCACGUCCAGGCCACCGCCGGCUGCCGCGUCGGGAUCUCCGCCGCCGACGGUUCGGUUCUAGGGUUCCGGUGCUGAUCGAUCCGGCCCCAAUUAAAUGAGCGGAAAAUUGCACGAGAAUUGAGCGAACAAAACAAGAGAGGAAGAAGCAGGCUGAGAUGAUGGACAUGGUGGCUCACUCGGGGGGCUCAUGCAGCAUCCUGUAGGGAGGAUGAUGAAGAUGGCUCGAGGGGCAGUUGAUACCAUGAAGAAUGCUUUGGGUAUAUGUGUGGCACCACCACCCUCAUGGACUCUUUUGCUUCAGCUCCAGGUUGCCACCUUUCUCAACUUGAGAAGCUGCAUCAUUGCAUCCCACCGACAGCUCCACGUGAAGAGCUGCUGCCCGUCAGUGGGUUGAAUAGAAGAAGAGAGCAGUCAAUGGAUAUAAACUACGUGGCGGCGCCAUACCAAGUUACCAUGGCAGCUUCGAUCGAGUCUUCCUCCUACUUUUAGCCCUUUGCCUUUCUGACGGGAACCUCAACGAUCCUUUUACCCACCCUGUGGUAUGAGCAGAGCAGUGGGAGAAGAGAUGUGAUGACCACUGGGAAUUAAGAACAGUUGGUGGCCAAGGAAAUCAUGUCAGGAUUCCACCCACUCGAGACACCAUGACAAGCCAGUGACUGCCGCUCACACUCGUCCAUUCCCAUCACCCCCCCUCCUCAUGACGCAGACGCUCGAGUCUUUGAUUCCCUGCGAGCUUCUCGUCCAUUUCCAUCAACCAGCAGGAAACAAUGACCAUUUCGUUCUUGUUCUCGGAGCAUUACAAAGAGGAAGAUGAAGCUUACUGUAAUCCAUGUCACAAUCUAGUGGUGGAUCAUACAUACGAUUAGACAUGUCGAGAUCAGAAAGCUGAGUUGGAACGAGUAACUCUGCCCAUUGUACAGUUAAUGAAUUCAGCAAGUUGGAGUUAUUUCCUUUCUGAAAGAUCCAAAAGAAAAGAAGAAAAACUAUACCAUACUCUUCAGAAGAUAAAAAGACUGAGAACUCGAAGAACUAGGAGAGCAGAGGAGAAUGAUGGAUGGUUUGGGAUUCGAUGGGAAUGGCCAUUUACGUCUCGAGGCCAGCCAAGAAGGCCACUCCGGUUGAUGGCAGCCACGAGGAGCCGUAGAUGAACUGCGCCACCGUGAACUUGCUCGCCUCCGCCGGCAGCGUGAUCACCCUGUACCCGGGCCACGCCACCCUCAUCCCCAGCGCCGACCCCGGCCCGUCGUUCAUGUACUCCCCGUAGUAGAGCGUGUCCAGGGCGAAGGAGCCGUUCCACUCCAGCCAGCCCGCCGGGUUGAUGUGAUCCCCCAUGUAGGACAGCAUGUACACCACCCUGGAGUAGAGUUUCCAUGGCCGGCCCAGGUAGGUGGAGAAGCUGGCCUUCACUGGCUCCAGGUCUGCCGCCGCCACCACCUGGCACGCGUGGAUGGAGAUGCCGGUGUUCUGGUUGGGGUCCUUGCGGUUCUGGGCCGUGAUGGUGUUCUUCUGCAUCGGCAGCGGCCUCCGCGCCCACAGGCUGCAGUUCUGCAGCACGACGGCGGCGUUGCCGAAGAUGAAGUCGACGGUGCCGUAGAUGUCGCACUCCCGGAAGAAUUGCCGCUGCGAAUGCACGUACAGGGUGUCCUGGUACCCGAUGAUGUUGCAGCGGUACACCACCGCGUGGUCGGCCCCCACCCGGAGCGCCACCGCUUGGUGUUUCUCCGGUCCCGCCCAAUUCUCGAUCGUCAUGUCCCUCAUUAUCAACCCCGUCGCCGUCGCCGCUGCAAAUACCCAAUUUCUUCCUCAGCUCAAUUAGAUUCGAAGCGAUUCGAUCAUGGCAAAGCACAACGCAGUGGCGUACCGAAGGUGGCGGUGUGGAAGGUGGUGAAGUUGUCAUACACGCUUCGCGAUCCUGCGAUGACCGUCUCGUUCUUACCAUCGCCGACGAAGAGGAGGUUCGUCUUCUUCCUUCCAACCUUGAUGUUCUCCUCGUACCGGCCGGCCUUGAUGUAGAUAAUGAUGCGGCGGCUGCUGUAAUCCGGCGCGGCCUGCACAGCGUCCGCGAUGGACUUGUAGGUGCCGUUUCCAUCCUUCGAAACCACCAUGUCGGCCUGGAUGUUCGCUGCCGGAAUCUGUAGCAGCCUCCUGUCCUUCUUUCCCAUCCACGACGGGAAUUCGUCGUCGUCGAUGGCGUUCAGUAGCUUCCUCCUCUUCCUGUUCUGGAUGGGAACGCCGGAGAAGUCCUUGUUCCUGCUCACGCCCGCAAAUAUGGCGAGGCAGUUGCUGACGAGCUCGGCGAGGUCCUUCAUGUGGCUCUCCAUGUGCUCCUUGAUGUAGAGAUUCUGUACCUGUUGCAGGCCCUCGUCGCAGGUGUCCUGGUUGGUAAGCGCGCCGCUGAGCCAGGUGAGCACGUCCUCGUCGGAGGCGCCCCUGAUCCGGGCCUGGGAGGACGGGGACGGCGACGCGGGGGGGGCCACGACGAGGAGAGAGUUGGAGAGCUGGUCGAGGGAUUCCUCGAGCAGCUCCAUGCAGUCGUCGAAGGCGGCGCGGGCAAGCCUGUCCAUGGCGAACCCGGCGAUGGCGGAGGUGCCGUAGAGGGCGGCGCCCACGCGGUGGAGCGUCAUGUUCAGGGAGAUGUGCACCAGGUCGCGCUCGCCGGCCUGGAGCGCGCCGGGGAAGUCGAGCAGGGAGCUAACGCACAAAGCCGGGUACCGAGUCAGGCUGCACGCGCGGGCGAUGGCCUGUGUCGGCGCCCGAGUCGCAGGCGAGUUCGACCGCAUCCGGCCACGAACGACGAGCCCCACCGAGACGCCGGAAGCCACGAGGAGGAAGACGGCGAAGACGACGGUAAGCCACAGGAAUCGUCGCUUGCGAGUCGCCGACGCGUCGCGACUCGGCUGGAGAUCGGAAACGGAGGGAACUGACUCGGACGAGCCGAGUCGGCCAUAUCCCAUCUCUGGGAUGUGCUUCCAAGAAAGAGAAGAGAUGGGCGAGAGACAAGCGAGAGAGGAGCAGAGAAAGGAGAGUCUCAGCGACGACGCUUAUAAGGGUGAGCCAAAGGUUGGUGAGAGGUCCAUGUCCUGCCGCUGCAUGAGCUGUUCUCGACUCGGUUGUCUCCUCUCCUCAGCCACAAGUGCUAUAUUGUCUUCACAAAGAUCGAUCCCCAUUUGCUUCCACAGC